AUGUGCAGUGAUGCGUGUCACAUUACCUCCCCUCUCACUGAGAGGGCAGUGGAGGGGUUGGAGGGACGGAGUGAUGGAGGGGGUGGAGGACGGGAGCAGAGAGGAGCCACUGUAAAGGUCAGGGGUCAAUCAGUGGCCCUUCCUUUCUCGUUUUCUCUUUCUUUUUACAUCAUUUUCCAAGAGGGAGAUGGGCGUGUUAGUUGUGUUUAUAGACAAUGCUUGCUAGGACUGUGGCCUAGUACUGCUUAUAGCUUAGUUUAAGGAUUUUAUUUUGCGGUUGUUCCUCAUGUUCUCUGUAGAAAAGUAAAGUAGGGCAAUAACCAAAACACUUGAUCUACAUAGAGAACCAGACAAAGGGGACAAAGCACCUACUUUUCCAUUCCAUUAGCUUCAACCUGCUAAGACAACAGGGGCAGGUAGAGAAAUAGCCUGUUCGUGUAGUUUGUGUAUGGAGAUAAUUACAGACAAGCUAAAGGUUGUUUCCCUCAGUCACUUAUUAUACUCAAACAGAAAUCCAGAGACUCUAGUUAUAGGCUGCCGGUUCUACUGAUCGAUCUCUAUAAAGACUGUGGGUUUGAAACAUUCUCCCUGGGUGUUUAAAGUAAUACAUCUGAUGCUGUUAUGCCAGUCUUUGAAAACAAAUGAAUACACAGCAAGUGACUACAGUAUUAGCACCAGCUUUGAACUGCACUAAGAGGUACAGUACAGCGUUAAAGAGACUACCAGUUAUUUUGAACUUGAACUGAACUUGUUCCAGAAUAUUAAAAUAAAAAAUCUCUCCCUGGAAUAAUAAUGAUAAGCACUGUGGAUUUACAACAGCAGUCUGAGUGUCAGUAUCAAAAGCUGUAGACCCUAUAGGCAGCUAUCCAAGACAAAGAAUCACCCAUGAAUGAUGGAUAUAUACAUUUCUAUUGCGGAAUCUGUAACGCUUCAGCGUAUGCUCAACAUAUUCCUCCUUUCUAAAUUAGAGUGCCUGAUCCUUGGCAGUUGAAGGUUUGUAAAAAAGAAAGAAAAGAUAAAUUACAGGAUAUCCAACUGAAAAGAGAAACAUUACCAUCUAGCUAAAUCUAUUCCUCUGAUAUGUGAGGCCAAUCAUGAUGUUGGAGCCAGUCUAGCGUUAGCAGCAGUGCAUAGAGCACCUCCUCCACAGUGAGUGACACUCCUUAGGGAGAAGCAAUAGCAGGAGGGUUAAUGGGUACAGCUCAGAGGAGGAUCUAUCUAGAAUAUGAAAUAUGUAUGGAUGAAUCGGCCCUGCAGCCAGAACCUACUGCAGUAUGGAACCCCCAGAGACCAGACACUAUCUCUCGCUCUUUCUGAGAUAAUCACAUGACUCUUGUAUUCUCUAUAUACCAGCAGAGCAGCAGAUUCCCCCACCCAGCCCUCAACCUCCAACUGAGCAUGCACUGUAUUUCUGUUUUUCUAUUCUGUUGGAAUCCGGUUGUUAGUGUUACAAACCAUGGGCUGGUUUUCCAAUAGCGAUAGAACUUAAGCUUUUACGUGUGUUAUCAUGUUACGAUAUGUGAUAGAAUCAAGCACAGCUUUUGUAAAUUAUGAGGAACAUAAAGGCCAGUCUCUUCAGUUAAGUCAUGUAGCAGUAUAGCCACAAUGAGUGAAAGGAGGAGGAGGAGACCGAGAGCAAGAUGGAUUGUGAUGCCACUCAGGUGAUUAAAGGAAGGAAUCUCAACUACUAUAGGUGAAUGAUGAGUCUGUGGUUGCCAUCUCAGUGUAUUGGUGCCACCUGGACCAGAGGAGCACAGACAAAGGGCAGAAGCACACAAUCAAAUUAAAUAUAGACAACAUGUCAGUUUUGUAUUAAUGUUAUAUUCCCAUGCUGCUCUUGUUAUAUUCACUUCUUGCUCUUGACUGGGUAGUUAUCAGGAAGCACAGGUCCUGUUUUAUCAUGAAAUUGUGAACUAUUAUCAGCUCUGCCUUAAGAACACUGAACACCCAGUUGGUUCUUAAGAUAUAAUAAUGGUGAAGGAAAGGAUUAAGAUAAAGCAAGCUGCUGAAAGAUUCCCACUGGGCACAGACAUCAGUUCAACGUCUAUUCAACAUACACUGAACAAAAAUAUAAACGCAACAUGUAAAGUGCUGGUCCCAUGUUUCAUGAGCUGAAAUAAAAGAUCCCAGAAAUUGUCCAUAAGCACAAAAACCUUAUUUCUCUCAAAUGUUGUGCACACAUUUGUUUACAUCCCUGUUAGUGAGCAUUUUCUCCUUUGCCAAGAUAAUACAUCCACCUGACAGGUGUGGCAUAUCAAGAAGCUGAUUAAACAGCAUGAUCAUUACACAGAUGCACCUUGUGCUGGGGACAAUAAAAGGCCACUUUAAAAUGUGCAGAUGUCUCAAGUUUUGAGAGAGCGUGUAAUAGGAAUGCUGACUGCAAGAAUGUCCACCAGAGAUGUUGCCAGAGAUCUGUACACAAUAUCUGGAAGCUGAAAAUGUCCCAGUUCUUCCAUGGACUGCAUACUCACCAGACAUGUCACCCAUUGAGCAUGUUUGGGAUGCUCUGGAUUGACGUGUAUGACAGCAUGUUCCAGUUCCUGCCAAUAUACAGCAACUUCGCAAAGCCAUUGAAGAGGCGUGGGACAACAUUCCUAAGGGCCACAAUCAACAGCCUGAUCAACUCUAUGCGAAGGAGUUGUGUCGCGCUGCAUGAGGCAAAUGGUGGUCACACUAGACACUGACUGGUUUUCUGAUCCACGCCCUUACCUUUUUUUAAAGGUAUCUGUGACCAACAGAUGCAUAUCUGUAUUCCCAGUCAUGUGAAAUCCAUAGAUUUAUUUAAAUUUACUGAUUUCCUUAUAUGAACUGAAACUCAGUAAAAUCUUAGAAAUUGUUGCAUGUUGCGUUUAUAUUUUUGUUCAGUGUAAUUUCAUUGAAAUGACGUGGAAACAACGUUGAUUCAACCAGUGUGUGCCCAGUGGGCUUCUUGUGUAGUUAGAUUCUGGGUAGCUGGGCUGACUCAGAUCCAACCAUUUCACAGGCAUAUUGGACAGGCAGUGAUAAAGGCACCUCUUUGGAGAGGACAUCAACAUUUAUAUAGUCACAUUAACACUGUCAGAAACAUCCAUAUCUGAACAGUUUGAUUAAUAAUAUGUAGCCAGAGAGAGAGAGAGAGAGAGAGAGAGCGAGAGCGCGAGAGAGAGGGAGAGGGAGAGAAAUGAGAUUCCACAAAAAAUGAUUAACGAUUGCCUUUUUGAUAUUAAAGGAGAGAAUUAUGAAGUUGGAGUUACAUGAUUAAUUAAUUUAAUGAAGAAACACUGGAGUCAUUAGAUACAACUGAAACUAAGAGAGUACAAAGAGAUGGUUCUUUCUCACUGAUUCCCUGGUUGACUUGGGAGUGGCUGGGGGUAACUGGGGGUGGUGGGUGGGUCGUUGGUGACAGGGUGUGGGGGUAAUUGGCUGUGUGCAUCCUUGAUAAGUGAGUAAAGGAGACUACUAAAAUGAUAUAUCUUCUCUGGUGGGCAGACAUGCCAGACUGGCCUGACAGGGCAAAGGAAGAAAUGAUCUGCUGCAGCUGUAGCCUCUGUUUAAUAGGGCCAUAUAAAGUUUGGGGCUAUUUGAAGGGAUAGUUUGGGAUUUUUGCAGUGAGGCCCUUUACUUCCCGAGAGCCAGAUAAACUCGUAGAUACCAUUUUUAUGUAUCUGCAACGCCAGUUAGCAAUUUCACUAACACUAGUUAGCAACUUCCUUCAAACUGCACGCAGAUACCGGUGCCGACAAGUUGAAAAAUCUGUCGAUGUGACCUUGAGCAAGGCACUUAACCCUAAUUUGCUCCAGGGACACCGUACUACUAUGGCUGACCCUGUAAAACAACACAUUUCACUGCACCUAUCCAGUGUAUGUGACAAUACAAUUAAAAAAAAAAAAAUGGUAUCCACCAGUUCUUCUGACUCUGGGGCAAUAGAUAAAGGGCCUCAUUGCCAAAAUCACAAACUAUCCCUUUAAAACAUGCUUUUACAAGCACCCACUAUCAGAAAAUACAAACAAGCAGAAAUAAUUUCAGUAUUUAAUUUAUAUUUUAGAUUCAUCUAGACAUUGUGUUGAUAGUUUUAUUUCCACAACACACAUUGAUUGAGUUGUUCCGUAUCCCUGUGUUGUUUUCAGGGCAGAGAAUUCUUCACCACAAAAGCAGCGUUCUCGAGACAGUAGUGCUGAUCAACCCCUCAGAUGAAGCUGUCAGCACUGAGGUAAGUACAUUGCAUUCAAACACACCUGGGCUGCGUUCAGUAGGGCACAUUGUAGCAAAAGGCUUUGCAACAGAACAAAAUAAAAAAUGUUCUUAUAGAACAAGUUCAGGUUAGCACCUCACCGUUUCAGAACAUUUCAAAGCUCUUCAAAACGUUUUUCCUUUACUGAACACCACCCUGGAAAGAUGGAAUGCUUUCAGUGGUCUCAUUGGUAUUUUCUAUACUCCUUUAUUGAGACACUUCGACUCUUGAUCUCUUUGUUCCUCUCAACCUCCUUCCUUCUCUCACACCACAAGAAUGCGUACACAGGGGGCCUCCCGAGUGGCGCAGUGGUCCCGAGUGGCGCAGUGCCACUAAAGAUCCUGGUUCAAGUCCAGGCUCUGUCGCAGCCGGCCGCGACCGGGAGACCCAUGGGAGCGGCGCACAACCGGCCCAGCGUCGUCCAGGGUAGGGGAGGGUUUGGCCGGCAGGGAUGUUCUUGUCCCAUCGCACACUAGCAACUCCUGUGGUGGGCUGGGCGCAGUGCACGCUGACUCGGGUGUACAGUGUUUCCUCUGACACAUUGGUGCGGCUGGCUUCCGGGUUAAGCGGGCACUGUGUCAAGAAGCAGUGCGGCUCGGUUGGGUUGUGUUUCGGAGGAUGCACGAUUCUCGAGCUCUCGACUCUCGAGCUCUCCUGUGUCCGUAUGGGAGUUGCAGCGGUGGGACAAGACUGUAACUACCAAUUGGAUACCACGAAAUUGGGGAGAAAAAGGGGGUAAAAUACCAACAAAAAAAAGAAUGCGGACACAAACAUACUCUUGACUCCCAUACAUAGAAGACAUCUUCAUAGACAUACACACAUUUCAAAGCAACUGCAACUUGAAAUGGGUGACUGCUUGGCACACUUAAUUGGCCAAUUAUCCUCCCCAGUCCUUUGUUUGCUGCUACUCUGCUAUGUGAACUAGAAUAGAACCAUCACAAUAAGAAGCUCUGGGGACGAAGACUACUGCCUUGGUUACAGCUAAAGCUAAGACAACAAAGACAACAACCCUUGGUUUACUCAACAAACAGAUAGGUUCUGAGAUUCUAGCCUGGAAUCUAAACUAAAUACUGACUGAAUAGUGAAACAUGAGCAAAACAGAAUUCUAUUAUUUUUGGGAUUCUAGGUUACUGUUUUGUCCCUAUAUAUUUUUACUUUGCAGUGCAGCAUUUUACUAAGUGAAUUCACCCAAAUUACUAGAAGGUUCUAAAUUGAAAAGAGAAACAGAAGCAUGUUACACAAGGGCAGAUCUGUCGAUCCUUUCUUUCACUCUUCCAGCUUCCCUUCCUGCCUGGCGGUGUCUGCAAUCAAACUGUGCAUUAAUAAUAUCUCACAGCACUGCAGGUUUGACCCUGGCUAGCAUUCCGGAAAAGUCCAUGCCUGUGAAGAGGAAAAAAGGCAGAGGUUGGGCACUAGAGAGAGAGAGAAAGAAAGAAAGAGAGCGAGCGAGCGAGAGCAACUCCACUAAUAAUCUAAGGGAUUUGAAGUAAAAUGAAGUAAAAUGGGUGAUAUUUCUAAUCAAGACUGUCAGCAGUAAAAGGCUAAGUGAACAUUGAUAUAAAAUCAAAUCAUAUCAAAUGUUAUUUGUCACAUACAUGUGUUUAGCAGAUGUUAUUAGGCGUGUAGCGAAAUGCUUGUGCUUCUAGCUCCGACAGUGCAGUAAUAUCUAACAAUUUCACAACAUAUACCCAAUACACACAAAUCUAGUAAGGAAUGGAAUUUACGAAUAUAUACAUAUAUGGACGAGCAAUGACAGAGCGACAUGGACUAAGAUACAGUAGAAUAUUAUAGAAUAGAAUACAGUAUAUACAUAUGAGAUGAGUAGUGAAAGAUAUGUAAACAUUAUUAAAGUGACUAGUGUUCCAUUUCUUAAAGUGGCCAGUGAUUUCAAUAGGCAGCAGCAGCCUCUAAUGUGCUAGUGAUGGCUAUUUAACAGUCUGGUGGCCUUGAGAUAGAAGCUGUUUUUCAUUCUCUCUGUCCCAGCUUUGAUGCACCUGUACUGACCUCGCCUUCUGGAUGAUAGCGGGGUGAACAGGCAGUGGCUUGGGUGGUUGGUGUCCUUGAUUAUCUUUUUGGCCUUCCUGUGACAUCGGGUGCUGUAGGUGUCUUGGAGGGCGGGUAGUUUGCCCCCUGGUAAUGCGUUCGGCAGACCGCACAACCCUCUGGAGAGCCCUGCGGUUGCGGGCGGUGCAGUUGCCGUACCAGGCAGUGAUACAGCCCGACAGGAUGCUCUCAAUUGUGCAUCUGUAAAAGUUUGUGAGGGUUUUAGGUGUCAAGCCAAAUUUCUUCAGCCUCCUGAGGUUGAAGAGGCUCUGUUGCGCCUUCUUCACCACACUGUUUGCAUGGGUGGACCAUUUCAGUUUGUCAGUGAUGUGUACGCCAAGGAACUUUAAGCUUUCUACCUUCUCCACUGCGGUCCCGUCGAUGUGGAUAGGGGGGUGCACCCUCUGCUGUUUCCUGAAGUCCACGAUCAUCUCCUUUGUUUUGUUGACGUUGAGUGAGAGGUUAUUUUCCUGGCACCACACUUACAGAGCCCUCACCUCCUCCCUGUAGGCGGUCUCGUCAUUGUUGGUAAUCAAGCCUACUACUGUUGUGUCAUCUGCAAACUUGAUGAUUGAGUUGGAGGCGUGCUUGGCCACGCAGUCAUGGGUGAACAGGGAGUACAGGAGGGGGCUGAGCACGCACCCUUGUGGGGCUCCAGUGUUGAGGAUCAGCGAUGUUGUUUCCGACCUUCACCACCUGGGGGCGGCCCGUCAGAAAGUCCAGGACCCAGUUGCACAGGGCGGGGUUCAGACCCAGGGCCUCAAGCUUAAUGAUGAGCUUGGAGGGUACUAUGGUGUUGAAUGCUGAGCUAUAGUCAAUGAACAGCAUUCUUACAUAGGUAUUCCUCUUGUUCAGAUGGGAUAGGGCAGUGUGCAGUGUGAUGGCGAUUGCAUCGUCUGUGGAUCUAUUGGGGCGUUAAGCAAAUUGAAGUGGGUCUAGGGUGACAGGUAAGGUAGGGGUGAUAUGAACCUUGACUAGUCUCUCAAAGCACUUCAUGAUGACAGAGGUGAGUGCUAUGGGGCGAUAGUCAUUUAGUUCAGUUACCUUUGCUUUCUUGGGUACAGGAACAAUGGUGGCCAUCUUGAAGCAUGUGGGAACAGCAGACUGGGAAAGUGAGAGAUUGAAUAUGUCCGUAAACACACCAGACAACUGGUCUGCGCAUGCUCUGAGGACACGGCUAGGGAUGCCGUCUGGGCCAGCAGCCUUGGGGAGGUUAACAUGCUUAAAUGUCUUACUCACGUCAGCCACGGAGAAGGAGAGGCCACAGUCCUUGGUAGUGGGCCUCGUCGGGUGGCACUGUGUUAUCCUCAAAGCGGGCGAAGAAGGUGUUUAGCUUGUCUGGAAGCGAGACGUCGGUGUCGGCGACGUGGCUGGUUUUCCUUUUGUAGUCCGUGAUUGUCUGUAGACCCUGCCAAAUAUGAUAAAUUCACUUUGAAAUGGACUAUAAGGAUUAAAGACAUAAAGUACAACAUGACACUUGAGGGAUAGUCAUACAACCCCUUUUCAUUUACCAUUGCAUCAGAUUAUUUUUACAGCUAACAGCAUUUUCCAAGCUCACUAAAGAUUGUCUCUGAGCAUAAACUUUUUAUUUGAUAUAUUAGUUAUUAUUAUUAAAAAAAAAAAAAAAUUGUCAUUUAGCAGAUGCUCUUAUCCAGAGCAACUUACAGUAAAGUGCAUACAUUUUUUGUACUGGACCCCCGUGGGAAUCAAACCCACAACCCUGGCAUUGAAAGUGCCAUGCUCUACCAACUGAGCCACACGUGACUGUGAUUGCAAAAUAAAUUCAUGCCACAAUUGCAAUGAAACUCCAAUGAUACAGACGUCUUUCAUUCUGACAUGUUUGCUCCCUUUUUUCUGCAUAGGUUUGUCAGAUGAUCUCAGACACAGCCAGAAACAAGCUGCUAGUGCUUUCAGGACAAUGCUUUGAAAACACAGGAGCGCUGAUUCUGCAGUCUGGCUCCUUCUCUUUCUUCAACUUCAUAGAUAUAUUCACAGACCAAGAGGUGAGUCAAAUUGAGCAAAUCGUUUGCUAAGCAAUUACUGUUUAAUUAUAAUUGUAUAGUUUGCAGUACUACUCAUGAUCUGCUGAAGUUUACUGACCUCUCAAUUAGCAAACCUCCUGAUUACAUCUGAUUGAAUACAAUACAUCUGAUAUCUGUCAUAAUUGUGAAUAUGUUCUGUUUGAUCUCACAGUCUCAUGAUUUUAAUCUCAGGUCUCCAAAUCUCUCUCUCUCUCUUUUGCCCAGAUUGGUGAAUUACUUAGCACUAUUCACCCAGCAAACAAAGCAAGCCUAACCCUCUAUUGCCCUGAGCAAGGCGACUGGAAAAACUCAAACCUGGACAAACACAACCUACAAGACUUCAUCAACAUGAAGCUCAACUCACCACUGAUACUCCCAGAGAUGGAAGGUCUCUCAGAGUUCACAGAAUACCUGUCGGAGUCAGUAGAAAUCCCAUCGCCAUUUGACAUGCUGGAGCCUCCGACCUCUGGCGGUUUCCUGAAGCUCUCAAAACCAUGCUGCUACAUUUUUCCCGGCGGCCACGGCGACUCUGCCCUCUUUGCGGUGAAUGGGUUCAACAUGCUUAUCAACGGGGGCUCUGACCGCAAGUCCUGUUUCUGGAAGCUGGUGAGACACCUAGACCGGGUAGACUCCAUCCUCCUGACCCAUAUCGGGGACGACAACCUGCCAGGCAUCAACAGUAUGCUCCAGAGGAAGAUGGCUGAGCUGGAGGAAGAGCAGUCACAGGGUUCCCAAGCUACUGGCGACUGGUUGAAGAACCUCAUAUCCCCAGACAUUGGGGUUGUGUUCUUGAACACCCCUGAGAAUCUGGGGAACCCUGCUGAACCCAACUUCAGGGUGAGGAGGAACAUUGAAGAGGCGGCACACACUCUCCAUUACCUGAGCAAGCUGAAUCUGAGGCCCGAGCCUCUGCAGAGGCCGGUCGGGAACACUAUCGAACCCAUCAUUCUGUUUCAGAAGAUGGGUGUGGGGAAGCUUGAGAUGUAUGUGUUGAACCCGUCGAAGAACAGCAAGGAGCUGCAGCACUUUAUGAAGCAGUGGACAGGCACCGAGAAAGACAAAGCCUCUGUUACUCUGCCCAAUGGAAAAGAAUCUGAGCUCCCAAUUUCUUAUAUGACCUCAAUCUCUUCCUUGAUUGUGUGGCACCCAUCGAACCCUUCAGAGAAGAUAGUACGUGUCCUGUUUCCAGGCAAUGCCACUCAGUAUCACAUCCUUGAAGGUUUGGAAAAACUAAAACACUUGGACUUCUUGAAGCAGCCAGUUGUCACCCAGAAGGAGCUAUCUUCUAACUUGGCACCAGCUUUAAAGCAAGCAAAGCUGAAACAUAAAACGGACAGCAAGGAGAGUCUGAAGUCAGUCUCUAGGCCAUCACCAAGCAAAAGUUUCAAGAAGGAGUCAAAGGAGGAGGCUCCAGAGAAGGCAAAGACAGAUGCAGAAUCGGCUCAAGAAAAGACUAAAACAUUUGAGAAAAAAGAGAAACCUUUGGUGAAAAAGGAAAAAGCGAAGGCACCGGAAAAAGAAGUGAAGGUGAAAGCAGAGCCAACUUCUGAAACUCCAGAAAAGAAGAAGGCUGAAAUGAAACCAAAAGCUCUCACGGAGAAGAUUAUCAAAAAAGAACCCAGGAAGUCUGUAGAAAAGAAAAAUGAUGAAAAGGAGGUAAAGAAAGAAAUAGCGAAGAAAGAUGACAAGCUAACAUCUAAAAAGGAAGAAACACCCAAAAAGGAACAGAAGCAAGAAACACCCAAAAAGGAACAAAAGAUAAAGAAAGACAUUUUAAAGAAAGACAGAGAUUUCAGGAGGGAUUCCCCCAUGAAGGUGAGGAAGGAAGAGAAAAAGGAGCAAAAGAAAGACGAUCUAAAGAAAGACAUGAAGAAGCCGUCCAAGGAUGUAAAAAAUACUCCAUCUGCUUUAGGCGAAGGAAAAAAACUUGCACCAAAACCAAAACCUCUGAAAAAAGGUGACACUACAAAGAAAGACUUUGGAAGCCCUUUCAAGUCCAAGGCAAAACCAAAAGUCACCAAGAAGGACCCCAAGGCCACGGAUGCUAAAUCUGCUGUUGCAGGAGCUGCAGCUGUCACAGCAGGAGUGGUAGCCACCGCCACUUGUGCUGCGGAGGUCCUUGAGACAGAAAGAGCCAUGAUGUCUUCUCCAGAGGACCUCACUAAGGACUUUGAAGAGCUCAAAGAAGAGGAGAUCUUUCAGGAAGAAGAGCCAGUGGUGAUCCUCAGAGAGGACCUCAUGCACUCUAAGGAGUCCCCUGAAGCAGCAGAGUCUCUGGAUGAGGGGAUCACAACCACUGAGCAUGAAGGAGAAAGCGGGGAGACUCCAGAGGAACAGGAGCAUAAAGGGAAGUUGAGCGGCAGCGGCAGUGAGAAGUUUGAAGAUGAGGGAACUGGGCUAGAUUACGAAGAGAAGGGAGAGACAGAAGAGGUCCAUGAGCCAAUGAGAAGGGAAAUGGACAACCAUAAACAUGCUGAUGACAGUGAAGAAGAGGACUCUGAGGACGAGGAUGCAGAGGCAGACCAAUGUGGAAAAGAUCAUAACAGAAAUGAAAGAGAAGUACAGAAGUGGGGCAUGUCUGUGACACCCCCUCCCAAAACGUCUCCGGCUGCAUCUAUUCAUGAUGAGACCCUUCCAGCUGGCUCUGAUGAUGAAGUAGCCUCAGAUGAUGAGAACCGUGACGAGGCAUACACUGCUACAUCUGGCCACACACAGUCAACUAUUGAGAUCUCCAGUGUGCCUACUCCAAUGGACGAAAUGUCCACUCCAAGGGACAUUAUGAGUGACGAGACCACUAACGAUGAGACAGAGGAUUCUCCCUCUCAGGACUUUGCCAGGUUUGGAGGAACCGUGUUAGGAGACUUUGAGAGGAAGAGGCUGUCUCCGCUACACGACGGCCCAGAGUCAGACCAUUCAAAGAGCGAUGCCACCGAAGGCAGGGACUACAACGCUUCUGCGUCCACAAUAUCUCCACCAUCGUCACUGGAAGAGGACAAAGAGGAAGGGUUCAAGUCAGACAAAUUUGGUCUUGAUUCAGCAAGCUCUGUACUCACCACUACUUCACCUCUCAUACGAUCCCCUUCAGCUCCCAAAGGAACCUUUGACUCAUACUCAUCUGGAUUCGUGGCACCAAUUGAACUGUGCACAAUGCUUUCAGGAUCAUCAAAGGCAGCAGCUGGGUCUUCUACUAGCCCAGAUGACAAGACAUUGGAAGGUACCACCUCACCUCAUUCCUCUGGUCACACCCCUUACUUUCAGUCUCCCGUGGAUGAGAAGGCUGGCUCUAUACCACCUGCAAAUGACCAUGGUCCUGUAAUUGUAGAGGUUACAAGUGACAAAGAAGAUUCCAACAGGGUCAGCCCCAUGGACGACCCAAUUCCUGACCACACCUCGCCUGUAGAGAAGGUGCUGUCCCCAAUGAAGAGCCCGCCGCCUGUAGGAGAAGGAAAGCCACUCUUUGAUUUAGAUCAUAUGUCAACAAUGCACUCGAGUCAAGAUGAGAAGAAAAAUGGGGCUAGCGACAGUACCUCAAUCUCAUCCACAAACCCCUUCGCAGGUUUCAAAGAGGAGAGUAAAAUGUCGAUCUCGGAGGGAACCACGUCUGAUAAAUCGGGUAGCCCUGUAGAUGAGGCUGUAGCAGAGGACACUUUUUCACAUAUUGCCUCAGCUUCCACCGCCUCACUGGCCACCAGCUCAUUCCCAGAGCCCACGACAGAUGACGCUUCCCCUGCUCUCCAUGCUGAAGCCGGCUCCCCUCAAUCAACAGAGGUGGAGGACUCCCUAUCUGUCUCUGUGGUUCAGACUCCAACCCCUUUUCAGGAGGCAGAGGUCUCACCCAAGGGGGACAGCCCCAGGCCCAUGUCAAUCUCUCCAGACAUCUCACCAAAGACAGCCAAAUUAAGGACACCAGUGCAGGAGCCUAAAUCCCCAGAGCAUUCCACCAUGUCAUUUGGCCAGGAGUCCCCUGAUCACUCGUUAGCCCUAGAUUUCAGCAAACAGUCUCCAGAGCACCCCUCUGCGGGCAGCCUGCGCGCCACGGAGAACGGGCCAACAGAGGUAGACUACAGCCCCUCAGAGGGGAAUGAUCUGAGAUCCUCCGAGCAGUACAGACCCACUGUGGACAAGCCUAUGCUCUUCAAAGACAAUGACUCAGGUCGCGCCACCUCUGCGUCCCCAUCAGACGCAUCUCAGUCCACCCCCUCGACAACUACGCCUUGUCAGAUGAGGGAAAUGUCACCGGGCUUAGCCCAGCAGAUGGACAAAUCCCCUGCCACCCCGAAAGGGUCUUCCCCCUCUUCCCCUUCCUAUUCUUGCUUCACUCAGAAAACAGAUAUGUCCUUAGCAGCAGAGACUAAUCCCUUCAAAUGUGGUGGCGAUUCCAAAUCCCCUGUCAGCCCCAAGGUUCCCUCCCCAUCCUACCUACCACUCUCUUUCAACCUCUCCGACUAUCAGAAGUGUGCAGGUGGUUCCAGGGACCCAGACUCCUCCAAGAAGAGCCCCUCUCCUGGGUCUAGGACAGAUGUUGACCUUUGCCUUGUGACCUCUUGUGAGUACCGCCACCCUAAGACAGAGCUGUCCCCGUCCUUCAUCAACCCCAGUCCUUUGGAGUACUUCAUGAACGAGGAGAACCCUCUGGAGGAAGAAAAGCCUCUGGCUAAGUCAGGUGGAGGACCUCCACCCCCUGGUGGUAAACUCCACGCUAAGCAAUGUGAAGAGACCCCACCAACCUCCAUCAGUGAAUCUGCCCCCUCCCAGACGGAUUCGGAUGUUCCCCCUGGGACAGAGGAGUGUCCCUCUAUUACUGCGGACGCAAACAUAGACUCUGAGGAUGAUUCUGAGACACUACCAACAGACAGGACCCUGACUUACAGACAUGCUGAUCCUCCUCCUGUGGCUCCCAGAGACUGUGCUCCGUCUCCAGCCCACCCAGAUGUCACCAUGGUGGAUCCGGAGGCUGACAAGCCCCCCGCUGACGACAACAACCAGACCAAGGACAAGGACUCAAAGGCAGAGGGAGCUGAGAAGGCUAAGAAGAAGAAGCUCACCAAGACCAAGUCCUCCUCACCAGCCAGAAAGACUGGACUUUCAAAAGUAAAGGAUUCAAAAGUAAUGGCCUCUCCUAAGAAGAGUGUGGGAGAAGGGAAAGAUGCCAAAAAUGCAACCAAUAGCUCUGCAUCCAGGGGUGUGAAAAGUGCCACAGCAGGUAAGACUCAUAUUUUUUUACUCGGUCAUGAGUCUAGAAGCUUUGGUUAGUUUUCUGAUGAAAUACGUUUAAGGUUUAAGCUCAGUUUGCCUCAGUAUAGAAUCACAUGUUUUUCAUCCAUUAUGUACAUUGCUUUUCUAACAAAGCUGCAUCUCUGUCUCAGGUUCAGGCAGUGGAAAGGCAGCAGCUGCAAUACCCGUACCCAACUGCCCUCCCAUGUACAUGGACUUGGUUUACAUCCCAAACCACUGCAGCGCCAAGAAUGUGGAUGCAGAGUUCUUCAAACGGGUCAGGUCCUCCUACUAUGUAGCAAGUGGCAACGACCAGACGGCCCAGGAGCCCAGCAAAGCUGUCCUGGACUCCCUGCUGGUGGGCAAAGCCACGUGGGGAAACAACAUGCAGGUACAGUGAGACAGUCAACUUUUAUCAGAAUAACCGUGUUAUAAUCCCAUAGUAUCAGAAAGAGAGGCACCAUAGAGACAAUAGACAAGACUUAAAUAGUAUACAUUGAGAAUAUACUGUCAGAACCUUUUUAGCUUCUUAGAGCUGAACAAAAUUAAGCUAAUAUGCUCAGAGUUUUAUGAAACAAUAGUAUGCAAACCCUAACCCUUCUUCCCUGUUGGCAGGUGACCCUGAUCCCGACUCAUGAUUCAGAGGUGAUGAGGGAGUGGUACCAGGAGACCCAUGAGAAGCAGCAGGACCUGAACAUCAUGGUGCUGGCCUCCAGCUCCACCGUGGUCAUGCAGGAUGAGUCCUUCCCCGCCUGCAAGAUAGAGCUGUGAACCUGAUCCUGGGCUUCGUUCCAUUCCAAAUUAUGCUUCUCUUCUUCCCUUAACUUCUCCCUUCACUGGAGUGUGCACUCCAUUGACGUUCCAAGACGUUUCUGCAAGGGAGCACCUUCUGAGCGAGGGGACUGAUGGAGGGAAGGGGUCUUAGUAAUUUGGAUUGGAACAACCCUUUGGACUCUUCUGAUCAAAUGAUCUAGUAACCGAGAGAUCUAGUGAUCAAGUGGAUCAUGUUGUUAGUGGUAUCUUUGUGUUGGGGUGAGGGAUGACGUAGACAUAGAGUAAAUGUAAACGCAUGUCAUUUAAACAAAGGCUGUGUGCCAACAUUAAUGAAAUAUACAUAGCCUACAUUAAAAUUAUGUUCUGGUUUGAAAAAACUAUGGCAAACAUAAUUGUUUUAAUGAAGUCCACAAUACCCAUAGGAAGUAUCUGACACAAGUAUACGGCUUUGUGGAGCACUUUGAGUAAGGGAUGAUGUCAUAGCAAUAUCCUGUACGGAAUGAAAUAUUGGAUCUGGCCACUAUAGAGAACAUCAAUUGAGAACAUAAAAUGCUCCCACCAUAUAAAUUGGCGCUCUUGACGUACAUUGAUUUCUUCAGAAAACUCACUUUCCCAUGAGCACCAAUUAUCAAUUAAUUAUCAAGUCAAAUCAAUAUAGAAAAAUUCAUGAGAAUAUACUUGUUCAUAUUGGGGACAAAAAAGGUUCUGACAAUACUGCCAAAUUAUUGAGAUAUUAUGAUGAAAUCUAUUUGUCCUCAAGGUUGGGACUACACGUCAAAAAGUGUAUGAUUCUGGGACAUGCCGUUACUUUCUUAAUGUAAUCCGUUACAGUUACUAGUUACCUGUCCAAAAUUGAAAUCAGUAAUGAACAUUUUGGAUUACCCAAAUU